AUGGCUACCAUUCUUGAUCCGAAAUCAAAGCUACAGACAUUCAAUAAGGCCUCAUGGAGAGAGGAAGCUGAGGACCUAAGGGAUGGGUCACCCGAAGCAGAUAUUGACUGGGCGCAAGAGUAUCGACAAUGCUUUGAAGAUAUCUUCUCUUAUUAUCGGGUACAAUAUCCAGAUAUUAUUAUACCCGAACACACGCGUCACCGAACUCUCUUUGAGUAUCUGCGUGACAAGGGCUUCGCAUCAAAGAAACAGAAGGAUCUACAAGGCAAGUCUCGAGAGGCCAUCGUUUUCAGUGAGGUUGCGGAGUAUCUUGGUGAAGGAACCGUCCAAGAUAUAUCGAUCCUCGAGUACUGGAAAGUAAACUCCAAGCGCUUUCUGAUUGUUUCUAUGAUGGCUCGUGAUAUUCUGGUAGUUCCGCCUUCCACUGUGGGUGUAGAGCGGUUGUUCAAUAUCGCUCGUGAUGUGAAAUACUUUCGCCGUGCCGGACUGAAUCCCCAGACCGUCCGGGCUAUCAUGGUGGAGCUUGCUAGUAACCGCCUUGAUAGAGACAGGCUCGUUGCCAAUGACCCCUCUGAGGCUGAAGACUUUACUCCUAUGGCGUCCCUUCGUCACAUACAGCGCCUUGACCAAGUGAUGGAGCCUACUAUCAUGGAGUUCUCGAACAGGGAGUAUAUUAGUGAUACUGAGGACCCGCUUCCCCGUCGUCAAUCAACUGCGCCUAUUAAUGAGGAAGAGGAAAAUGGUGGUGAUGCCAGCUUUGUUGUCGAUUGCUCUUUAUGUAUAUCUUGA